AUGUCUGCUGAAUUGGCGUGCACUUAUGCUGCUCUCAUCCUCAACGACGACGGAGUCGACAUUUCUGGCGACAAGAUCGCUUCCCUCCUCAAGGCCGCCAACGUCGAUGUUGAGCCAUUCUGGCCCGGACUUUUCGCCGGUGCCCUCAAGAACUGUGACGUCUCCGAGUUGAUCUCCAACAUCAGCUCUGGUGUUGGUGCCGGUCCCGCCGUUGCUGGUGGAGCCGCUGCCGCCGGUGGUGCUGCCGAAGAGGCCAAGGAAGAAGCAAAGAAAGAGUCCUCCUCCGAGUCCGAAGAAGAUAUGGGCUUCGAUAUCUUCGGAUAA